UUGAAAUUCAUAUUAACCUAAACCUCAUCAUCUAAAACACACAUUCAUACAUAAUACAUACACAACACAACACAAAAUGCAUCAUUCUAAAAACUUAUUAUGCUUAGUAAUCAUAUUGUACAUGCUAGUAACCAUAUCUUUAGCUCGUUAUAACAGCUUUGGCGAAGGUCAUGAAGGAGAUAGAAUGAAAACAUCAUCAUCAUCACAACAAGAAACAGUAUUUUCAUCCCCUACGAUCAACCAAGACAGUGAGCCCACACCAACAGGCGCCGUGGGCUCGGCACACGGCCCGAAUUGGGAUUAUGGGUGGGGCUGGGGAGCCGGGCCUAGGAGUGGUUGGGGUUAUGGUUAUGGUUCAAGCCAUGCUCCUACUGGUUUUGCUAGGGGUUAUGGGUUCGGUUAUGGUUCGGGUUCCGGGUCUGGAUCCGGGUAUGGUUACGGCACCGGAGGCGGUGGUGCUAGUGGAUAUGGGUAUGGAGCUGGAGGAGCUCAUGGAGGAAGUGGAGGAGGAGGUGGUGGAAGUCCUUCAAACCAUCAUGGUUAACUAGAAUGCUUUAACUUUUUUUCUUAAUUAGCUAGUAUUACUAUUAUAUAAAUAAUAAUAAUAAUAAUAAUAGUAUGAGAUUAAGAUCACUAAUUUAAGAAUAUGUUUCAGCUUUCUAAACUAUAUGCAUGUGCAGUGUGGGAGUGUGGGGUGUGGUGUGGAUGUUGUAAUGAUAACGCAUUAGUGUAUUGUUGGAGAUGUUCUAUAUAUAUAUAUGAGUUCUAAUUAAGUGGA